AGUGUCGCUGAGCUCGGUGCUCCAGAUGACGACAAUGAAUCUCUUCUCCUGGAUCUCAACGAUGUCCCUACUCUGCCGCAACCUACUGCCACCCGUCAACCGAACGCUCAACGUCCUGCAAUAGGUCACCAGCAGAACGCUAGAGGAGGACCUCCUCGACGCGGACGCGCUCAAUCACAGCCGCCUCAAGCGCCAGCUCAAUACAUCGCGGCUCAAUACAAUGGCCAGCCUCAAAAAGCUAUGGCCAACAACAGAGGCCGAGGCGCAAGUUACGUGAAUCAGGUCAACGCUGCCAGGCAUGUUCAGAACACUGGUCGUGGUGGACACCGUUCUACCUCCAAUCGAACAACUCCAUAUCACCCAAGAGGUCAACAUUAUGGCCAGAGCCAAGCAUCGAUGGGGAACCGCCAUAGAUCGCAAUCGACAUCAACGGCCUUGCGUGAAGGUCCUUCUCCUGGCUAUCAACAGAAUACCAAUCGCGACCGUAGUGGUACUGUAAGCCAUAGUAUUGAUGAGAAUACUCCAGGCUCCAUGGAACGUCCGACUCCAGGCAAUCCAAACUUUGGCCGACGAGGACAACACAACGAGAAUCUUGGUAAAGUCAAUGCUUUCGGAGAGUGGUCGCCAAAGAAGUUACACUGGCCAAAGCCAGAUGGUUUAACCACAACGCGGCGAGCAAUUGACCGGAAUGUGAAGAAUCAAAUGAAGAACGAGAGAGAGAGGUUUCUCCAGGACCCGAUUGAGGAAGACCGAAUCUUGGCAUAUGGCUUCUACAUUUGGCCACAAGAGGACGGCCCUGUUGUCGACGUACUUGGUACCGAUCUAGCUCCUCUCCGUCAUCUCAGAAUGAGCCAAAAGGUAUACAUUCAGUGCCUCCAAGAGGAUGGUUUGGCAGAAAUUCUGAAAAUCAGUUCCGAAUCCGCCCACUCCGACACCCACAUCGCAGAAGCUAUCAGAGGCAUCAGACUGGUUGUAGCAGACGCUAGGGCCAGAGCUGUUUUGGCAACACCGAAGUACUUCGUAAUUCCUCCUGCGGCCAGUGCAACGCGAGAAUUCAUCGGUCCCAAGCAAGUAAUCACAGAGGCUGCUGUUGUUGACGAUGUAGAAACCACGAAGAACGUGAUGUGCAUAGGUACCCUGCUGGUUGGCCAGGAUCUCCCUGAGAUAGAACAACAGAAGCGGAGCAAGACAGGUGCCAGUCGGAACAGCGAUCAUAUUCGGGACUUCAAAGACCGUCUGUCUAGCAGCUUGAUGGAAUUGGCGCCUUUGAAGACUGAGAUGCGAAUGCGUGUCCACUUCGGUCAUGUUGUAUUCAGGAAGUUUCCCCCGCAGUACACAGCGUUCCAACAAUCUAUCACUGAGUUUACCGCUAUGCUGGGACACCCUCACCUUAGAGUGGAAAUCGACAGGAUGAUUCCAGGUAUUGUCGCUUUUAAGAUGGCACAUAAGAUUGUCGGUUUGCCCGAUAGAUUCCGCCCAGCAUCCGGCCGUGUACUCUCCUUGCGGGAGGUUCCGGCGAAGCACACUGAGGUCUUGUUCGUCACCACUCGACGUGGCGAUGAAUUUCGAAUCGAAGCAGAAAUUGACGCACGCUACGAUGAGGGCACAGACUGGUCUGAGGAAUUUCAAGUUGGCUCCUACAAUGUCUUCCGUGAUGACCGCAGAGACAAGCGGGUCGAAUUGUCGACAAUUGAUCCUGAGAGGCAAGUCGACUAUACGCUUCAAGUUAUCACAGACAACAUGGUCGAGAUCCCGGACAGCUCCAGAAAGGAGUUCGAGAAGUUGAUUGAAGGCUCCAUCUCGAAGCAUCACCGUGUUGACUCUUUACCCAUUCGAUAUCCCCAGGUUCAUCCGGAUCCGCGAUAUAACCCAGAGCUCCAAAUUACAAAGCUCGUUAUGCGCAGUGUCAUUCAAUAUGCACUCCAGAACUCGGGCUUCGUCGUUGAGCUUAGCUUUUAUCGUAGUUGGUACGGCCCAGAUACUAAGCCAGAGCCGCAGAUUGCAGCCAGCAUCUCGAUGUUUCAUCCGCGAUGGGACUUGGAGAUGGAAUCGAUGGAGAACAGCACGGCUGGACGCAAUUGGAAGCGCGGAUUAAGCAAUUUCUUCGAAAAUGGCUUUGACACCUUUUUCAAUGAAGUUCAAGAGAUCCAAGAACUCUUGUCUGUUACCGCCAACGAAGCGGAACAGGAGGCAGCCGCAAGACAAGCCGACAUGGAAGCCCAAGCUGGAUUAGAAGUCGAGAGAAAAGCCGCACAAGAAGCGGCCGCAGAUCAGAUUGCCGCGGACGCCGAAAUUGCAUUACAAAUAGUCGCAAGAGACGCAGAAGCAGGUCAGAUUGCCACGGAUGCCGAAAUUGCAUUACAAAUAGUUGCAAGAGAAGCAGACGCAGAUCAGAUUGCCACGGAUGCCCAAAUUGCAUUACAGAUGGUCGCAAGAGAAGCAGCCGAAGAAGAAGCAGCCAGAAGACACAGGUGACUGAAAUGUGGCUUGAAAGCUGAUAAGGAAUCCACAUUAGGGCUGAGAGAUAGGGCUGAGAGACAGGCAGAGGCGGUUCAUGCGUAAUCAUUACUCAAUGA